AUGGAUGACAUUCCCUCCCCUGUUGUAUCCGCCUCAUGCUCCCCCGGGGGCUUGACAUAUGCGGAGGUCAUCAGGAUCCGGCGAAACCUAGAUCGCAACACCGAGACCAUGUACGACGACCUUCGCAAGAACGAGCUCGAAACUUGGGAUCUCCCUAGUCCGUUACUGUCUCACCCUUAUCUCAGGCCAUUACCUCCAUUGCCCUCAACUCUAUCCCGGCGCGGCACAGUGUCCGAAAACGAUUCUCCCGCUGACGCGCCAUAUGCGGUGGGCGGUUUAGCAAGCGUGGCAGCUGUUCAACUUUUACGAUCCUGCCUGAGAAACACGCCCGAGUUUCACAAAUCCCAAACACCCACCAGUCUCAACAACCCUGACAUCGACCGCUACCUCAUCCGGCAACAUGAAGCCGCACAGUCCGAUAUGUCUGCACGACUCGCAACCUGUGUGUGGACAUCCAGUACUACCCAUCUGCAGACAACAGAUACAAUGGGGAUUACGGUCUGGGGAACCAAGAGCACAGGAACCGACGGGGCUUUCAGCAGCCGUCCUGUCAGCAGCCGUCCUGAAAGCUCCGAGACGCAAGAAGAUAGACCACCCAUCCGUCGUAUUUUAACGCCCUAUCUCAGCUCGAUAUUACGUCGUGGUUCGACUCCCAAUUCAUCCAAAUCGCCCAAGUCCCGAAGACGCACGCCAUCUGACGCUUCUCAUAGCAAUGGUAGAGAGAGACGGGCAACAUUUGCCUUCAACAGCGGCUAG